UUACGCAACGCCCGUAACUCAGAACUCUUCGUUACACAUCGGCAUUGCGGUGUCUUCGCGAGAGGCCUCUUUCCUUUACGCUUACAGCAGAUUCCUAGGUACCUAAUCUAGGUAGAUUUAUAAGUCUUGGAUUCGAAAUCCAAGCUUGAUUGCUCUAGGGCAUAUAUUUCCUCUACAUACUUGUAUUAUCAAGCCAUGUCGCGUCCCACCCCGGCACGAGUUCUUAUCCCCCGCCGGGCUAUAUCACCCAUCCAAACAGAGGGCGAUGAAACAGAGACGCCGCCUUAUUCAUACGUACUAUACGAGAAAGGAGACGAAGUCCGACCUAGCAUCAGUGGCGUUUUGAAACACGACAUCACAAAUGGAAAAGCGAAUAAGCCUUUACAUAUAUUACUUGUUCACUCGCGUUCUAAGAUUAAGUGCCCAUGGUUUCGGUCUACCGGGUUUGAUCAUCACCCAAAAAUCUGUUACAUAUUGCCUGUUGAGCCGAAGCCGAAUUAUCAUCGUAGGAUACUGUCCACGGGAAUCGACUUCACUGAGGUUCGGCAAUGGCUAGCUCAUUGUGACAGCAAGCACCAAUGCUGCAGUCACUCCGACGAUACGGGGCCUUUGCUUCAGGGUCUUAAGUUAAUCGACUGUGAAACGGAACAAGUGGUUGAUGCUGAGAGCGGUUGGAAAUAUGUAGCAUUGAGCUACGUUUGGGGACGGGGACAUCAGGAUGAUACGUCAGAGCAUCAAACAUUCCCACCAACUAUUAAGGACAGUAUGCACGUUGUUCGUAAUCUAGGUUUGCGAUAUCUAUGGGUUGAUAGGUACUGCAUUAGCCAAACGAACGGCAAGGAGAUGCAACAUAUGUUCAACAAUAUGGGCAGUAUUUAUGAAAAAGCAGUCUUCACAAUUAUCGCCGCUGUGGACACCAGCGACGACGGCCUCCCUGGCGUUCGUGACGGCUAUCGAAUUUGGGGGGUUUCUAACUCGAGCGGUACCACCUGGGACAUAGUGUUUAAGUCUCCUAUAUAUGAGUUGAAAGACUCCUGUUGGGAUACAAGAGGCUGGACAUACCAGGAAGGCAUACUGUCUCGACGCUGUCUUAUUUUCUCAAAAACUCAAGUCACUUUCCGAUGUUUGGUGGAAGGAUACUAUCAGGAAGGUGAUGGACAUCGUAAUAGAUAUCGUAUAAAAGGCAUGCCGACCAACGAUAGUGAAUGUUCUUGGGAAGAUAAGCGAGUCUAUAAGCGUAAACCCCUGUGGUCUGCUCAUAUGAACUACAUGGGGUCACGUCCUUUCAUUGGAAGGUCAGAAGUUUCUAUCAUUGAAAGGCCAGAAGUUUCUAUCAUCGAACACAUUAACAGCUACACGAGUCGCUGCCUAACCAACGAAGGGGAUAUGCUUUGGGCAUUUCUCGGAAUAUUCAGUGUCUAUAAUAAGCCGUCAUCUAAUAUGGGUAUCUCUCAUCUAUUCGGACUGCCUAUUAUGUACCGACCAGCCGGCACAGAUGGACAACGUGGUACGAUUCUCCCAGAGUACUUUAUUCAUAGCAUGCUCUGGACACUUCAAAGGAGCGGUCUUCGGCGCGUACCUAAAUAUCCGUCGUGGACUUGGGCUGGAUGGAGUGGUUUCAGCGGACUGAUCUAUCCAUUAGUAGGAGAUAAAGACGGAUAUACAAUACCGUACGGUUACGCUCUAGAGCGGUAUGGACGACAAUCACUUGACUGUGAAGUGCACUUCCGCAGAGAUUCAUUGGGAGUUCGAUUGAAUCUUGAAGAGCUUAUGAGUUACAUUAUACAGGACCUCCCGAAGUACGCUGGGGACGAAUCACGUAAAAACACUGUAUUUCUAGGCGAUUUGGAUCGCGCGAUCUACUGGACGGGAUGGACGACUGAAGUGAGAUUCUCCGAUGGAGGGGACGGAACCUGUUUUCCCAAGGGAGAACAAUCCAUGCGCAAAGAUUGGGGAAACGGCUUAUUCAUGCCCCAUGGCUUAUUCACGCCACAUGGCAAAACGGCCACUGAACUAGGGACUGGCCUGUGGACUGUUAUUGUUAUGCGUUGGAGCAGUCCUGUUGGGGAUUCCGGUGCCACCAGCUGUCUUGUCCUGGCGAAGGAAGGCCCAGAUUGCUUCUCACGUAUUGGGAUGAUCGAAACGGAGUGGGAUAGAAUCAACCCAGACGAGAUCAGUCCUAAUACAACACAAGUUGUCAAAAAUGGUAGGACAUUCACUCGAAAAUGCAUAAAGAUAAUCUAAAGCCGACAUACCAACCUAUGACGCGUGAUGGGAGAGCUCUGCCUUGAUCCAGGGCAGGAAGAGUGCAAUGAUACGGUGAAGGAACGAAUAGGAUAUAAAUCCAAGGAGUCUUCUAUAUAUCCACCUACCUAGUAGUCGUUUCCUCCGCUAUCAAUAUAAGUCUAUAUUCACA